CGGAGGGAGGGAUGGAGGUCGGACGGAAGGGGCUGAGCUUCUUGCCAAGCGGCGGAUUUAGCAUCCGGGGGUGCCUCUGAAGCCUUGGGGGCGGGGAGAGGCACCCACCCACCCAGCAACCCCAGAUGUGCAGCGGGAUCGGCGGAGGAGCCUCCUGCGCCCUUGGAGCCUGGACGGGAGACUCGCCUUUGCCCGACGACAGCUCAGGCAGCUUUGCAAGGAAAGAAGCGCCUGAUCCGGAUCAUCGCCGCCCCUAACAUCAACAGGGCGCCCGGAGAAAACAGGGUACCACACGCGCGCGCGCCCCCCUAAGCAUCUCCAAAAUAGCUACUUGGUGCGCCUUUUCCACUCGCCUGCCCACGUGUCGGGAGGUCUAGGCGCGCCUACUCCCGAGGAAGCUUCAGUGGGGCUUGAAAUCCCCGGAGAACCCUAGGAUCGUAGAGUUGGAAAGAAAAUUUUCUUUCUCUGCUGAGUCAAACCGUCCAGGGAAGGAGAGGAACUGGAGGAAUGGAUGGCACGCAGCUGAGUCAGGUUGUUGAGGCUCUGGGAGACAGCAAGGAAGGCAUCAAGCUUCCCCAAAAAACUAAACCAUUUCUGGUGGAGUCGAAACAGAGAGCCGGUGCUCAUUUGGAGGAAAAGUCCACAUUUCAGGAGGAGAUCCUUGGAUGCAAAGGUCAAGGGUUGACAACCGAAAAGGAGAACAGCGACGAAACAACUUGCGGUGCUGACAGUUCUGAACAAUUAGAUAUACCCGGGAGAUUGUUAGGAAAAGCCAAUAACACCGUUUCCCCGUCUCCUCGGCAGGACGUGACUUUGGAAAACGAGCAAAAGCAAAAGGGGACACCUCCAGGAAGAGGAGGCCGAAACAAGCUGGUCCUUCGUGCAGCGGGAAACAAAGUCGGCGCCAACAAGAGGCAACUGGCGUGUAGCAAGUGUGGGAAAAGCUUCAGCAACAGCUCGAACCUUAUUGCUCACGAAAGAAUCCACACUGGCGAGAAGCCGCACAAGUGUCCGAGCUGUGGGAAGAGCUUUGGUAAGAAAUCGACCCUCGUCGCUCACGAGAGAAUCCACACCGAGGAGAAACCGUACGAGUGUUCGGUGUGCGGGAGAAGCUUCAGCCAGACCUCGAGCCUCAUCGCCCACGAGAGGAUCCACACGGAGGAGAAGCCGUACGAGUGCUCCGAGUGCGGGAGGAGCUUCAGUUUAAAAUCGAGCCUGGUCGCCCACGAGAGGAUCCACACGGGCGAGAAGCCAUACAAGUGCUCCGACUGUGGGAAAAGCUUCAGCCAGAAGUCCGCCCUCAUCCCGCACGUGAGGACCCACAAGGGAGAAAAGCCCUACACCUGCUCGGCCUGCGGGAAAGGCUUCAGCCAGAGCUCGAACCUUAUCGCACAUGAGAGAAUCCACACGGGGGAGAAACCUUAUCAGUGCGCAAACUGCGGCAGGAGUUUCAACUGCAGCUCCAGCCUUAUCAGGCACCAGAGGAUCCACACGGAGGACAAGCCGUACGACUGCUCGGACUGCGGGAAAAGCUUCGGCUGCAGCUCAAGCCUCAACCGUCACCAAAGGACUCACACGGGCGAGAAGCCCUAUGAAUGCUCGGAUUGUGGCAAAACCUUCAGCGUCAGCUCCCAGCUCAGUGUGCAUCAGAGGACACAUACCGGAGAGAAGCCCUUUGAGUGCUCGGCUUGCGGGAAAAGCUUCAGCGUGCGAUCGAGCCUGAACGCCCACGAGAAAAUCCACACGGGGAAGAAACUGUACAAGUGCGGGGACUGCCCCACGAGCGUCUACUUGAAAUCCAGCCUCAACGCACACAAGAAACUGCACCGAGGCGAGAAGCCGUACGACUGCGCCGAGUGCGGGAAGAGCUUUUCCUGCAGCUCUAGCUUCCUCCGACAUCAGAGGAUCCACACCGGAGAGAAACCAUACAACUGCGCCGACUGCGGGAAGAGUUUCACUCUGAACUCGAACCUUAUCACUCACCAGAGAACCCACACGGGUGAGAAGCCCUACCAGUGCCAGGACUGCGGCAAGUUUUUCAGCGUGAGUUCGCAGCUCAACGUUCACCAGCGGACGCACACGGGCGAAAAGCCCUUCGAAUGCUCAGACUGCAGCAAGUGUUUCACCUGUAGCUCUGCCCUGAUUCGACACCAACGGACCCACACGGGAGAGAAACCCUACCAGUGCUCCGAGUGCGGGAAAAGGUUCAACCUGAGUUCGAACCUUAUCGCUCAUCAGAAAACCCACACGGGAGAGAAACCGUAUAAAUGCAUGUAUUGCGGCGAGAGCUUCUAUACGAGGCCGCAUUUUGUCGAGCACCAUAAAACCAGCCACCUAGAGGCUAUAAAUGCAAAAACAGACGACAGCAAAGUUCAUCGUGACUCCCAGUCCAUCAAGUACCAGAUAAACUAUGUAGGCUGGGAUUGUGCUCGGCCUUUUCCUGAAAACUUCCCCCUUCAUCGUUAUUCUGCUCCUCCUCGUCCAGCUGUCCCACAUUCCCUACAUCAGCUUUAUUCCGCAUCAUCAGUGGGGGGUAGUGGGAGCACCCUGGAACCUGCUCAGAUGCGGGAGACCCUGCCUCGUCCAAGGAGACCGAGGGAAGAUGCUUCUGAGGACCAAAGGAUGAGCAAGGAACUGCUGAGGAAGGCAGACGUGGAGAGGGAGAAAAUCGUCCAAGAAUGGAAGGAUCUCUGUCGUUUUCUGGAAGAACAGAAGCAACAGCUGAUCUGGUGGCUGGAAAGUCUUGCAGGGAACAUUAUCGAGAUAAGGGGGCAGAGUCCGUCCGUGGAGACCCAUCCGCCGAGCGAAACGGGGGGGUCGCAGGAGCAUAUUGACUGCCGGCAGGCCACUGGCAGUUCCAGCAGCAGACAAGGAAACUUCCUCGAGGUGGAACUGAGGCUUCACCAUUUCUCUCAGAGGAGGAAGGCCGUCUUGGGAGAGGCGCUGAACUGCUUCCGAGAGUCCCUGAAGAUGGAGCUCGAAAGUCUGAUUGCUCCUCCCUUUCUUCCGGAGUCUCGUCUUAAGGACUCAAGAACAUUCCCCCCAUCUGGCUCGGGAAAAUUUCCUUGGGAGCAACGUGAAAUGGAAACAGACGCAAGCUCUGUAGUUCAGAAUCUGCUGAAGUUUGAGGACGUGGCUGUGGAUUUUACAGAUGGCGAGUGGGAUCUUUUGGACGCCCACCAAAGGACCCUCUACAAGGAUGUCAUGCGAGAAAACUAUGAGAACACGACCUCACUGGUUCUGGCCAUCACCAAGCCUGGCACAAUCUCUCGGCUGGAACAAAUGGACGAGCUGCCGGCAACGGAUCUCCACAGCGCCAGGGACCACGUAGGAGCCAUCACAAACCCCAAGACGUUGGCAAAAGUGGAGCAAGGGACUGAGAUCUGGGCAGAGCGUCGGUGCAGGCUGCAAGGAAAUGCUUGCAGUGAGCCAACAGGAGUUGCUGAGAGAACAAGAGAGAAUGAGAUGAGGAGUCUUCAACCAGAAAACUUUGAGCUGGCGGGGUCACACGUUGCAUUGCUCCAAAGCACUGAGACCAAGUCCAAAUCCCGUGAAGAGCAGGAAGCCCCCAAGACCCAACCCAUGUCGCCAGGCAGCCAUCUUGGAGAGCAGCUGCUGGAACCAGUUCUUCCUGUGGGGCUGGAGAAGAACGCAGCCAACAUAGGGACAGGACAGGAGAGCCAAGAGCUUUGCUCCGCAUGUGGGAAGGUCUUCAACAACAGGGCAAGCCUGGUUAGACAUCAGAGAAUCCACAGCGGGGAGAAGUCACACACCUGCACAGACUGCGGGAAAAGCUUCAACAAGAGGUCCAACCUUAUUACUCAUCAGAGAAUCCACACGGGAGAGAAGCCCUACCGGUGUGUGGAGUGUGGGAAAAGCUUCAGCCUGAGCUCCAGCCUCGUCCGGCACCAGAGGAUCCACACUGGGGAGAAGCCCUACCAGUGCUCUGUGUGCGAGAGAAGCUUCAACCAGAAGCCCUCCCUGGUGGUGCACGAGAGGACCCACCGCCGUGAGAAGCCCUACAAGUGUUCGGUGUGUGAGAAGAGCUACAGCCACGCCACGAGCCUCAUCGCUCAUGAGAAGAUCCACCGGGAGGAGAAGCCGUACUGGUGCGCGGAGUGCGGGAAAAGGUUCAGCUUCAGCUCUCAGCUGAUCACCCACCAGAGGAUCCACGCGGAAGAGAAGCCCUACAAGUGCUCCGUCUGCGGGAGAGGGUUCAGCCGCCCCUCCAGCCUCGUCGUGCACGAGAGGGUCCACACAGGAGAGAAACCCUACAAAUGCACCGCCUGCGAAAAGGGCUUCCCCUCCAACUCGAGUCUGGUGAGGCACCAGCUCACCCACGUGGAAGAGAAGCUGUGUGCGGAAUGCGGGAAAAGCUUCAGCCCAGCUUCCCGACUCCAGAGGAUCCAGGCCGGGGAGGAAAUGGCCAAGUGCCCGGGAUGCGAGAACCGGUUCGACUCGAGUCCCAGUGGUUUUCCAGUGGCACAUCUUCCCAAAUGGAGGAAACCCGUUGGCAGACGAAACAGCAGUCGGCGUGAUGACAUUUGUAUCGUAGAUUCCGCAGAGGUGCAGCUGGAGGACGAUGUUUUCAGCCAAAGCUCCCUGCCUCUGCAUUAUCACAUUCACUACGCGGGGUGGGAAUGAAAGCACCGUAUUUUUCGCUCUAUAAGACGCACCCGACCAUAAGACGCACCUAGUUUUUAGAGGAGGAAAACAAGGGGAAAAAAUAUUCUGAAUCAAAUGUUGUUGAAGAGGAAGGAGGAGGAUCAGGCGAAGGCAUCACAAGAAGAGGCGCUGCUCAGCUCUCCCUCUCGCUGUGCUGGGUUCAGCAGAGCAGCGCAAAGCCUAUUAUUAAUGAAUUGAUUUUAGAAUGCUGUAUUAUUUUACUGUUCUAAGCCGUUCUAAGCCCGGCUUUGGCUGGGGAGGGUGGGAUAUAAAUAAAAUUAUUUUAUUAUUAUUCAGCAAAGCGGGAGGAACGCUCCCGCUUCGCUGAAGAGGCUUUGCGCAGCUAUCCCUGAAGCCAGAACAGCAAGAGGGAGAGCUGUGCAGCCUGCAUUCUCUCCAUAAGACGCACACACAUUUCCCCUUUUUAGGAGGAAAAAGGUGCAUCUUAUAGAGCGAAAAAUACGGCAAGAGGGUUUUUUUGUGUGCGCUUGCUGUCUAGAGCUAAUGUAGCCCAAAGCAUCUGCCACGAUGCCAGGUUGAUGAAGAUCUGUGAUUGUAGGGGAGCAAGCGAUGUAUCUUUGGUCUUACUGUAAAUAUAUUUAAUUUUCAGGGAAAUGUUCUUGGCAGUUGAGGGAGAAGGGAGGGGAAUGUUUCCUCCCUGGAGAAAUCUAGUUUGGCUUUGUUCUGGAGCCAUUAAAAUUGCCAGAGGAGUUGAAAAUCCAACUUCUUGUUCUUCUGAAGAGAAGUUGCUAUGUAAGAAUGAAGAUGCGUUUGAACUUUAGAUUAA